AUGCAGAUACUGGAUAUCAAUCAGAAAGAUUUUGAUCAAAAGCGCCCGGUGUACGAGGACAUCAAAAUUGAUACCGCGUUCCGGAAGAUAAGCCCACGCUCGAUCGGCUUCCACAUAUGGCGCAUCCAGCACGAUCAUGUGGAAACGCUACCGAAGGACCAGUACGGCACGUUUUACGACGAGUGUGCGUACGUUAUCUACGCAGCUUCGCUGACCGGAACCGGUUGCGAUAAGAACACGAUCAGUCGCGAAAUCAAAACAGCUGGUGCGGCGAUCGAGCGCAACAUACACUUCUGGCUCGGGACGAACAUUAGCGCGGAACGUUCGAAAUCGGCGGCGUACAAAAUUAUUGAGCUGGAUCUCCAUCUCGAUCACAAAACGACCCAAUUUCGCGAGUCACAGGGACACGAAGGCAUACGCUUUCUUUCCUACUUCAAGGACGAUGGUAUCGUUGUACAUUCCGGAACUGAUGCAUCGUCGACGCCAACCGAACCGCGGCUGUAUCAAAUCUCCGGUACAGCUCCAAAGCGUUGCAUUCAGCAGAAAACGAUCAGCUGGCAGUGUUUCAACAGUGGACAGGUGAUGAUCCUCCAAACGGCACCGAUCGUGUUCGUUUGGAUCGGUCGAUCAACCGGCUCGACAGAACGUAUCUUUGGCAUUCGGAUGGGUGAACGGUUGAAGAAGCUGCACAACAUUGCCGAGAUCGCCAUCGUCGACGAUGGCUACGAACAGUCGAUGAGUAUCGCCCGGAAGGAUGUUUGGAAUGGGUACCUUAACCUAGCCAAGCGUUUCGUAAAGCCGAUGCCACUCACACCGACCGUGGGUGGUGACACGCUGCUGAAACUGUACCAAUGCGACACCGUCAAUGGUGUGUUUCGGGUGGAGCUGGUUAAAACGGGCACGCUGGAGCAGGCAGAUCUGUACGGGCGGGACAGCAUCUACAUAGUGGACUACUUCCCGAGCGCGAUCUGGAUCUGGAUCGGGCGCAGCUCGGCCAAACAGAACCGCGCCGAAGCGAUGCGUCACGUUCGGGGUUAUGUGAUCAAGAAGGGCUAUCCGGCGAGCACACCCGUAGCACGCGUGAUCGAUGGUUUGGAACCGGCGGAGUUUGUAAGCCUGUUUCCCACGUGGGUCAGCGCCGAUAUUAACGGGAACACGGUGAAAGGCCUGUCGGAGAAGUUUGACGCACUUACAUUGAUACAGCGUCCCCGGAUGGCGGCAAAGAUUCAGCUGAUGGAUGACGGUUCCGGUGACAUGACCGUGUACCAGAUUGGGAUCGACGAGGUGAAAGAGAUUCCGCUCAAGUACGCCAAAACGUUCUACUCCGGUAACUGUUACGCGGUCCAUUACGAGGUCGCAUGCAGUACGGAAAAUGCGAACGGUUCGCUCCCGAACUCCAUCCGCAAUGUGGUGUAUCUGUGGUGUGGUUUGAACGCACCGCCCGAACAUCGCACCCUGGGCGAAGCGUUCCUGAACGAGCUGUGCGAACAUUUGAAAAAGAACGUUGUGCAGGUGCGCAUUACGGAGGGUAUGGAACCGCCCCACUUUUUGCAGAUCUUCAAAGGUGCUCUUAUAGUGCUGAAUGCACAAGAUCCAAGCCUCGAGCAAGGUGGAGGUGUGGUCAACCUGCGCAAAUACCCGACCAGCUUCGUGCUGAAGGUGGUCGGUAAUACGACGUACACCUGCAAAGCGGUACAGGUGUCUAGCAAAACGCUCUACUACCCGGAAGAUUGCUACAUCCUGAAGGCACCGGAUAAUGAGGUGUGGAUCUGGUGCGGUCAGUACUCGACGGGCGACUCACGCGAAAUGGCCAAAUCGAUCGCGUCCCAGCUGGGCGAGUACAAUCUCGUCAUGGAGGGCAAUGAAACGGACGAGUUCUUCAACUCGGUCGGCGAGAAGUUCCUAAAGCAGCUGAAGAAAACGACGGCGGCCGGUAACAUCAUCAUGCCGGCGGUCCAGACGAAUGUGGCCCAAACGUGGGACCAUUCGGUGAUCGGGCUGUAUCGGUGCCAGCUGCUGGAGGAAGGCAAGCCAACGCUGAGACAGAUCUUUGGGUUUACACAGCAAGAUUUAAGGCCGGACAGCGUCUUCCUGCUCGAUGCCGGUAACAUCGUGUACGCGUGGGUUGGCGAGCAAACGUUGCCCGAGGAGCGUGCCCAGUGUUGGGAUUUGGCCAAGCAGCUGAUCGCCUCUCAUCCGGUGCAGCGCGAUACGGCCAUGCCGAUCGCGACAGUUCGCCAGGGCGAAGAACCGAUCACGUUCGUUGGCUUCUUUGACAGCUGGGACAAGAAGUAUUACGAGACAUGCGUGCUGUAUGAAAAUCUUCGCACUGCGAUCGAAUAUCCAAAUGGUGUCGGUGCAGGUGGACGGAUUCCCGGUGCCCCGAUACCCGUGCCCCGCUCAUCCGUACGAAGCGACGAUGGCAGCAGUGAUGAUUUCGAUCGAUACCAAAAGUACCCGCUCGAUAUGCUGCGCGGUGAUCCGGCCAACUUACCGGCCAGUGUCAAUCCGACGCGUAAGGAGAUACAUCUGACGCAUGACGAUUUCGUGACCGUGUUCAGCAUGACGUACCACGAGUUCGAGGAACUGCCCAAGUGGAAGCAGGUCGAGCUGAAGAAGCAAAAGAAACUGUUUUAA